AUGGCGAGGAGUUCAAGUCGACGGCGCCACCACUCCACCGGAGCUCCCGCCGGUCACCACUCCACCGGAUCUGCAACGAGCCACUCCGCCGGAGCCCUCGCCUGCCAGCACGCGACCACCGAGGGCGUCGAGGUGGGCUGGGAGGAGGAUGUCCGGCGCCGGCACCGGAAGCGCGCCGUGGAUGAGAGGUUGGCGGCGUGGUGGGUCCCCGGCAAGGCGGCGAGGAGGAGGAGCAAGGUGGCCACGCCGUUCAAGGUGCUCAACACCGCCGUCGCCGUGUUCCUACGACCAGGCCGCCUUCUCCGUGCGCGGCGCCGCUCCUCCAGUGGACCUCGUGCUCGCGUCCGCUCCCUCAUGGCGUCGCCUCCACCUCAUGGCGUCCAGCUCCGUGCCAGGCCGCCUCCAUGGCGUCGCUACUCAUCGCCGCGGGGGCGAGCUGGGUCUGGGCGCCACCCGUUGAAUGGCUGA